AUGUGUGUUAUUUUUAUUUUUCAGUAUAUUGGUACCCUGGAUGUGCCCAGACCGAGUAGUCGAGUUGAAAUCGUGGCUGCUAUGAGAAGAAUCAGGUAUGAAUUUAAAGCCAAGGCAAUCAAGAAAAAGAAAGUUACUCUCACAGUUUCUACUGAUGGAGUUAAAGUCCAGAUACGCAAGAAGAAAAAGAAGAAUUUGACGUCGUUCGAUGAGAGUAGAUUGUUGAUAAUGACUCAUGCCAUUUAUAGGAUAUUCUAUGUGUCUCAUGACUCCCAGGAUUUAAAGAUCUGGAGCUAUAUAGCUAGAGAUGGUCCUAGUAACGUAUUUAAAUGUAAUGUUUUCAAGGCAUAUAAAAAGGUAAGGAGAAAGUUUAUUUUAUAUUCUCUGGGAUGA